UUGGAUGAUUGCACAGCACUGUUGGCCUUUUCUGACAUGGUGUAAAAUGAAAAAAAAUCUGCUCAGGAGGUGGACAAUUGUGGAGCGAGAUUAAGAUAAAGUGAAUGCAGGCAGCCAACCAUUUCAGGUUUUAGUUUCAGGGGCGUGCCACAUGUGUCAGCGAUUGAUCUUGAAUGAGAAAGUCACACUGAGCUCACACAGCAGCCUGCCAACUACAAAUUUCUGUGGGUUAAGAGAAGCAAAUGCAAGUCUAAUGUUUGUGGUUUGGCUUUUUUGUCCAGGUUGGAAUUUGCCGACAGGGAGUUCUGUUCCAUGAAAAUGAUGCAAAAGUAAUGAAAUCUACCAGCAUUUAUUCUGAUGGAUCUUCGUGUCAGUUCUUGUUUGCCAACUUUGCCAGAAUGAAGAAACCAGGCUCACAUCUACACUGGUUGCACAUACUUCUGCUGGUUGCCCUAUUUGCAGGUCAGGCUUCCGGUAAUGGGACCUCUGCUGCUCCUUCCCCUCUUUCCAUUACUACAACAAAUGCACAGACUUCAGUAUACUUCUUAGUUAAUGUCACCGUGGAUGUCAGUGGACAACAGAAUGAAUCACAAAUCUUUGCCUGGCUGGAUCAGGUGUUCCGAAACAAUUUGCAGAGCUGUCUGGUAACUCCCACACCUACCUCUCCACAAACUACAUCCUCAAGCACUUCAAAUGAGACGACACUCGUGAUGACAGCAACAACAACGUUACAGAGCAACAACACAACUACAGCUGCAGCAACUCCAACAUCCGAGAGCAACAACACAACCACAGCUGCAGCAACCCCAACAACAGAGAGCAACAACACAACUACAGCUGCAGCAACCCCAACAACAGAGAGCAACAACACAUACAGCUGCAGCAACCCCAACUCAGAAAACAACAACACAGCUACAGCUUCAGCAACCACAACGUUAGAGAGCAACAACACAACUACAGCUUCAGCAACCGCAACGUCAGAAAACAACAACACAGCUACAGCUUCAGCAACCACAACGUUAGAGAGCAACAACACAACUACAGCUUCAGCAACCAUAACGUCAGAAAGCAACAACACAACUACAGCUUCAGCAACCACAACGUUGGAGAGCAACAACACAACUACAUCUUCAGCAACCACAAAGUUAGAGAGCAACAACACAACUACAGCUUCAGCAACCACAACGUUAGAGAGCAACAACACAACUACAGCUUCAGCAACCAUUACGUCAGAAAGCAACAACACAACUACAGCUUCAGCAACCACAACAUUGGAGAGCAACAACCCAACUACAUCUUCAGCAACCACAACGUUAGAGAGCAACAACACAACUACAGCUUCAGCAACCACAACGUUAGAGAGCAACAACAUAACUACAAUGCAGCAACCCCAACAUCACAGAGCAAUAACCCAGCUACAGCUUCUCGAACCCCAACAUCACAGAGCAAUAACCCAGCUACAGCUUCAGCAACCCCAAUAUCACAGAGCAAUAACCCAACUACAGCUUCAGCAACCCCAAUAUCACAGAGCAAUAACCCAACUACAGCUUCAGCAACCCCAACAUCACAGAGCAAUAACCCAACUACAGCUUCAGCAACCCCAACAUCACAGAGCAAUAACCCAACUACAGCUUCAGCAACCCCAAUAUCACAGAGCAAUAACCCAGCUACAGCUUCAGCAACCCCAAUAUCACAGAGCAAUAACCAACUACAGCUUCAGCAACCCCAUAUCACAGAGCAAUAACCCAGCUACAGCUUCAGCAACCCCAACAUCACAGAGCAAUGACCCAACUACAGCUUCAGCAACCCCAGUAUCACAGAGCAAUGACCCAACUACAGCUUCAGCAACCCCAGUAUCACAGAGCAAUAACCCAGCUGCAGCAACCCUAAAGCCAGAUAGCAACAGCAAACCUAUAGCUGCAGCAACCCCAAAGCCAAAUAGCAACAACAGACCUACAACUGCAGCAACUUCAACGUUACAGAGCAUAAGAAAGAGGAUAGCUCGCAACAGUGUGACACAAACCAGUGCACUCAGUAGUGACAUAUCAACUGGCCUAUUUCAAAAAAUGAACGUUUCAUGCACCCCAACAACUGCAACAGGAAACACCAACUGUUCGGUGAUGCUACAGCUGAAGCAGAGCGUCCCAUCAUGUUGUAUCCUGAGUACGCUCUGUGCGGCCAGUAAAACAUCUUCUGACAUUCAUGUGGUGGGAAAAACAGCAGAUUUAACAAAUCCACUACAAAAUCAGUGCAAUAACACUUUGUCAGAGCAAAACAGUUGCAUUUAUACCGGUCAACCCGGUGCGUCAUGUGACAAGUCGGAGACUGCGUAUGUGCAGGUUCAACGCAACUCAACUUACUGUGGUGCAAAUAAGGGGAACAACAACUGCAACUGCUCUGCUUACUGCAGUAGACCUGAUGCAUACUACACUUUUCAAAUUUCAAUUCAAGAUUCCAAUAUCAACGAUUCAUAUAUCUUAUCUGUGAUCUCUAAGGUUAAUCAACCAACAAAUUGCCCUUCAAGUGGAGGCGUUUCAUGUCCAUUGCCCAUCAUUGCAUCUGAAUUCAAGGAUGUCAGAGUGGAUUGUGGAAUCACAGGAACAAAUCUUCAAAGAUGCGAAAUCAUUUUACGCUUUGGCCACGAGGUUCCUAUCUGUAAUGUGUCGGCAGCCGUGUUUUAUGUGCUUCGGUCUGAGAAAGGAAUCCGUUACAAUGGACCAGUGACCCGAGUAGCAAUUUGUGGAAAUUCAGAAGUCAGCGACAAUCCACUAAACUCUGAGUUUGUGUGGCUUAUGGUUAAUGUGAAGCCUGCUGCCUUUUGUACAACAAUAAUAAAUUUUGGCCCCCAAACGUGUCAAAAGGGAAUAACUGUGGUGUUGCUGAUGGACGAGCAGUGUGUGGGGGUGUUUACUACACCCAGCCCAAAUGUGACAACCGCACAACCAAACACCACCACGGUGUCUGUAAAUGUGACUUCAUCCCCGCUUAACACAACAGUUCAAGCCCUGAAUGCCACCACCACUGCUACUAAUACCACAGUCUCAGGUUUGUUAUCUGCUCAGCACAGGGCUCUGCUGCAACCUUUACAUCAUAAUAGCAUAAUUAUAAUGUCCCCUUUAAUUGUAUUGACUGCAGUUGAAAGCCAAGCCAAUGCACUGCUUGAGUUGACCAGAAAUGUGUCUAAGCUGAAUUCCAGCCAGGUGAAUCAGCUGGUGUCUCAGCUGGAGAAACUUUUGUCAGGCCCGACCGUCAGUCUGGCACUGGGGAACACUUCCGUUACCAUCGUCAGCAAUCUGCUGGGUGCUUCUCCUGAGGUGCUGUCAGACUCCUCCAACAGGAUUAUAGGGAUUGUUGAUACAGUGGGGUUAAAGCUGGUCCUUAAUGGACAGACUAAUACCCUACUGUCCUCGGACGUGGCUCUGUCUGUGAAACCAGUAGAUGGCAGCAACUUUAAGGAAACAAUUUUCUCCAUCUUAAACCCCAACGAUGUACAGGUCAGUGGGGGUCCUAAGUCCAGAAGAAGUGUGAGAACAGGUCCCUCCAUCCCUCAGGGCUCCAUCACGCUGCCCUCCUCUCUCACACAGAGCCUGACUACUGAGCAACAGCGGCUGGCCUCCAGAGUCCAGUUCACUUUCUACCAGGAGAGCACGGUGUUCCAGGAUAGAUCUUUGGGAAAACGCAAACUUAAUAGUGGCAUCCUGGGAGCAAGUGUGGCCAACCUGUCAAUCACAAAACUGCAGGACAAUGUUCUAGUUAACCUGAGGAACACGGAGCCCAUUCCUGCUAAUUUUGUGGCUACGUGUGUUUUCUGGGACUUUAUAUUAAAUGAUGGAUCAGGUGGUUGGAAUCCAACAGGCUGUUUUGUCAAAAACAGCACAGACCACCAGACAAUUUGUGGCUGCAAUCAUUUGACCAGUUUUGCUAUACUGCUGGACAUUUCCAAAGAGCCUCUAACAAGUCGUCUGCAGAACAACAUUCUUACCUUCAUCACAUUUAUUGGCUGUGGACUCUCUGCCAUCUUCCUGUCUAUCACCCUCCUCACCUACUUGGCCUUUGAGAAGUUGCAGAAGGACAUUCCAUCCAAAAUUCUUAUCCAGCUGUGCCUGGCUAUGCUGCUGCUGAACCUGGUCUUCCUGCUGGAUGCAUGGCUGGCUCUCUACCCAGACGCUGUGGGCCUCUGCAUCUCCACUGCCUGGUUCCUUCAUUACUUCCUGCUGGUUACCUUCACCUGGAUGGGACUUGAGGCCGUCCACAUGUACCUGGCUAUUGUGAAAGUCUUCAAUCGCUACAUAUCACAUUACAUGCUGAAGUUCUCACUGGUUGGCUGGGGUGUCCCGAUGAUUGUGGUCAUUAUUGUCAUUGCGAUUAACAAGAAUAACUACGGUCUUGUCUCCUAUGGAAGGUUUUCUGAUGGCUCUAGUGAUGAAUUUUGCUGGCUGAAAAAUGACAUUGCUUUCUAUGUGGCAGUGGUGGCCUAUUUCUGCAUCAUCUUUCUGUUUAACCUUGUCAUGUUCGUCGUGGUGUUGGUCCAGCUGUGUCGGAUUAAGAGACAGAACCCUCAACAUUUGCAGCACCGCACCACGAUGCAGGAUUUGCGAAGCGUUGGGGGGAUAACAGUCCUCCUGGGCCUCACUUGGGGCUUUGCUUUUUUUGCCUGGGGCCCUGUGAACCUGCCAUUCAUGUACCUCUUUACCAUCUUUAACUCCUUGCAAGGUUUCUUUAUAUUUGUGUUCUACUGUGCGGUGAAGGAAAAUGUGAGGAAGCAGUGGAGGACCUACCUGUGCUGUGGCAAAAUGAGACUAGCAGAGAACUCAGAAUGGAGCCGCACUGCAACACAGAAGACUAUGAAGAAGUCAUCAGUGACCAGACUAAGAUCUCAUCACUCCUCAAGUUCUUCCCAAUCCAACAAUUUGUCCAGCUCUUCUUUCCUCGUCAAUGACUCUUCAGAGCAGAAUAAUGGCAUUGGUAACCCAUUUGAAGACAGAUCAAUCACAGCGGAUGAAAACCCCGGUAUUGAUGUGGUCCACAACGAGGUCAAUAGGCAGCACAGAAGCCAACAAGCACCCUGAUCUAAAAAGGACAGACUUUUUAAUGGACCUUAUUUUAAAAUACUUUUGUAUGUUGAUAGAGUAAUUUAUGUACUGUACAUCUGCAUGUCAUAUGCAUCCAUAUCUUUCUUUUCAUAUAUAUAAGCACAAGUAACCAAAACAACCUUUUUUGUUGUUGUACAGUUAUCUUAUCAAUGUAAUAGGUCAUAUUCCAAUGGUAUGUUGCAUACAGUGAUGUUGACCCAUGAAUAACAAGUCAAUAUGAGAACAGGCCAACAGACUGGUCCAAGUUCAGUUUAACAAUUUCAAAAAAAUAGUCAUUGUAGCUUUCAAACAGAAGGAACACCAUGGUACAGUAAAGUGGUCCAAAAAGCUUUAAACUCCCAUAUGCUGCAAAUCAAUCUUACAUCUACAUUUCUAAUUAUGGAUUUAA